UUAAAAACCGCCGCCAACUAAACUCCUCCUCAAACGAAAAGAUGCGAAGUCAACUGUGUUUUUUAGUGGUCCGACUCUUGAUUCCUUUUCUUCUAUAUAAGGGUACCAUUACCCAUUGUAUAACACAAGCUCUUACUGCUGUUAAUAGAAUUCAUAUCCUCUGCUCCUGUGCUUUUCUCCUUUCCUCUUUGCAUGCCAACAAUUUCUCCCUCCGCCGAAGCGCCUCACUACACCACCACCAUCCUUCUUAAUCCGCUCUAGCUUCCAGUAAGAAGAAGCAACCAUUGCCACCUUCUCUGCAGCUUCCCUGAACUUUUUUCUCUUUUUUACUCUACAUACAUGGCCACCCCCACCAGUAUUGACGCCAAAGAAAGUGCUAGACUACUGGACUCUCAGGAAUUCUGCCAACAAGCCCAUCGAGUCGUCGAUUUCAUAGCCGACUAUUAUAAGCACAUUGAGGAGUACCCAGUGCUCAGCCCCGUCGAACCUGGUUAUCUGCGAAGGCAAUUGCCGGAAACCUUUCCGACUUCUCCAGAGUCCAUUGAGAAAAUUCUUCUCGAUGUCAACAACAGUAUCAUCCCUGGCCUAACACACUGGCAGAGCCCCAAUUUCUUUGCCUACUUCCAAACCAAUGCUAGCACAGCUGGGUUCCUAGGAGAGAUGCUUUGCGGUGGCUUCAACAUUGUCUGUUUUAAUUGGGUCUCGUCUCCUGCUGCGACCGAGCUCGAGGCCAUCGUCAUGGACUGGAUGGCUCAAAUGCUUAAACUCCCACCUGCAUUCAUGUUUCCUACUAACAAUGCCAGCCAUGGAGGAGGCGGGGUGCUCCAUGGAAGCACUUGCGAAGCAAUUGUCUGCACCCUGGUCGCUGCUAGGGAUAAAGUCCUAAGCAAAGUUGGGUUCGAUAACAUCACCAAGCUUGUGGUUUAUGGCUCUGACCAAACACACUCCACCUUAGAAAAGGGUGCUAGGAUUGUUGGAAUCAGUCCUCAAAAUUUUAGGUCGCUACCCACAUCCACUGCCACCGGAUAUAGGCUACAGCCGCUUGCAGUUCAGGCAGCCAUGGCUGAUGAUAUAGCAAAAGGCUUGAUCCCUUUCUACCUGUGUGCCACAAUUGGCACUACUGGUGUUGGUGCUGUGGAUCCGUUGGAGGACCUUGGCCUCGUAGCUAAACGAUAUGGAGCGUGGCUCCAUGUAGACGCUGCUUAUGCUGGAAGUGCUCUCAUAUGCCCCGAGUUCAGGCACCACUUAGACGGGGUGGAGCACGCAAGCUCCGUCAGUAUGAACCUUCACAAAUGGUUUCUUACCAACAUGGACUGCUGUUGCCUUUGGAUAAAAGACACUACUACAUUUGUGAGUGCAUUGUCCACCAAUCCUGAGUACCUCAGGAAUUCUGCAACUGAGUGCAAGAAGGUUAUCGACUAUAAAGACUGGCAAAUAGCUCUGAGCCGGCGAUUCCGAUCCAUCAAGCUGUGGCUUGUACUCAGGGCCUAUGGCGUGGACAAACUCAGAGAGCAUAUACGAAGUGAUGUCAUGCUUGCCAUGGUCUUUGAGAAGCUGGUGAUGGCAGAUGCGCGGUUCGAGGUCGCAGCACCUAGAAGAUUUGCGAUGGUGUGUUUCAGGCUCGGGGCAAACGGUGAGCACGAUCAAUCGAUGCUGAACCGCAAGCUGCUGGAGGCAGUUAACUCUACUGGGAAGCUUUACAUAACUCAUACUGUUGCUGCCGGUGUUUACAUGCUUCGAUUUGCGAUAGGCGCGACCUUGACGGAGGAGCGCCAUGUUCGUGCAGCUUGGACAGUCAUACAAGAGGAAGCUCGUCUCCUUCUCACCCAGCGACCUCAACUCCUUUAAAAAGCUGAGCUACUCUAUUGUGUUACUGGGGUUACACCAGCUCUUCAAAUCUUGCAUUCUGCAUUCUGAUUAAGUUGGACUUGGGUUCAACUAGGUCCAGCCUAUACCCAACUUAGUCGGUGUCAUACAAUUACUCAUUUUCUUAAGCAAUCGGUGUGUUGACAUCUUUCCUUCCAUUUCAUGAACCUAUUGUAACAUGUAAUCAAAUCUCCAAGAAAAGUCACAGAAAAGAAAAAAAAAAGGACAAAGGGAAAGUAGGUUUCACGAAUUUUGGAGUGACAAGUAAUAUUUUG